UGGAAGCAACAUCACGAUGGCUGCCCAAGGAGAGCCCCAAGUUCAGUUCAAACUCAUAUUGGUUGGUGAUGGUGGGACUGGGAAAACUACCUUUGUGAAACGUCAUCUGACUGGUGAAUUUGAGAAGAAAUAUAUAGCUACCUUGGGCGUGGAGGUCCAUCCCCUCGUGUUCCACACCAACAGGGGACCUAUUAAGUUCAACGUGUGGGACACAGCUGGUCAGGAGAAAUUUGGUGAACUGAGAGAUGGCUACUACAUCCAAGCCCAGUGUGCCAUUAUAAUGUUUGAUGUAACUUCAAGAGUUACUUACAAGAAUGUGCCUAACUGGCAUAGGGAUCUGGUACGAGUAUGUGAAAACAUCCCCAUUGUGCUGUGUGGCAACAAAGUGGAUAUUAAGGACAGGAAAGUGAAGGCAAAAUCGAUUGUCUUCCACCGAAAGAAGAAUCUUCAGAACUAUGACAUCUCUGCCAAAAGUAACUACAACUUUGAAAAGCCCUUCCUCUGGCUUGCUAGAAAACUCAUCGGAGACCCUAACUUGGAAUUCGUUGCCAUGCCUGCCCUCGCCCCACCGGAGGUUGUCAUGGACCCCGCCUUGGCAGCACAGUAUGAGCAUGACCUAGAGGUUGCUCAGACAACCGCUCUCCCGGAUGAGGGUGACGACCUGUGAAAGUGAAGCGGGGCCCAGCGUCAGAAGUCUAGUUUUACAGGCAACUGUCCUGUGAGGUCAGUGGUGCAGCGUGUUUGCCACUUUAUUACAUAGCUAAGCAGAACAUGUGCUUAAUCUUGGGGAUGCUGAAGGAGAUGGAUGGGCUUCGGAGUGAGUGUGGCAAUUAAAAAUAACUUCCUUUUUUGGACCUGCAUAUUUAGCUGUUUUGGAACACGGUCGGUUUCUUGUUGAGUUUCAAAUAUAAGACUGCUAUAGUCACAAUAUUCAAUGGGAGAGCUUGUUUGUUACUGUCAUUCCCAUUCCUUUUCGUUUAGAAUCAGAAUAAAGUUGUAUUUCAAAUAAAAAUAAAUAAAAAAACUCUCAAGAUC